AUGUCGCUGAGUUCUGUUAAUAGCAGGAAGAAGAAGAAGAGUGAAGACAUGAACAGAAGGAUAUCAGAUGCAAGGUCGCAGCGGACUCUCUGGCUCAUUGAGAGCUUCGUUAGGCUCGCCAGGAUAAGCAAGGAAGAGCUCGCGGUCGACGAGAAGGAUCUGCAGUCCGCCAUGGGCUUUUGUACGAGGGCGGAGCAGGAAUCAGGCUUCCCUGUUCUCGCGGAAUAUACCGAGAAGCAAAAGGCGGCAAUGCAGAAAAGUCCGAUCGAUCUGAAGAACGCCCGCAACAUGUGCGUCGAAGCGGUAGUCGCCGCCAAGAUCAAGGCCAUGGAGCUCGGAGAAGAGGACAGCAAUGAGGCUCAAUGUCUCCCAGGUUGGGCCGACAUUGACGAGACAGACACACAAAGCGCAAGGUUCUCUCGGCAAAUGAUGAUCUGGCUCAUGGAGACGGGAUUCGAGAAGCUGGCCCUGCUGGCGAUGACAGGGUCCGGUUCAGCCCACAGCAAAGCCCACGACCAAGUGAACAUGGCCGAUGUAGCCGACGACGAUGCAGCCGAAUUCAUCGAGGAAAAAGAUGAAGAGCAGGAGCGGAAGGAUGAGCAGGCCGCAAUUGCACCAUUCAUUCAGGAAAAGAAGACCGGCAAGACCAAGAAGAGGACGAAGCACCAGAUUUCUCUCGAUCGCGUGGCCAAGAUGAGCGACCAUCACGUUUUCACGCCCCGAUACAACAAGCUCCUAGAGCUUUAUGACACUAUCUUGGUAAAUUACCCUGCGGAGAAGAUCAUUAUCUGGAGUCGAUUCUACAAGGCGCUCAUCAUCAUCGCCGAAGCUUUCCGCCGACGUUACUCAGUUGAUAUCCCCGUAUGCUCCGGUGUCUUGAGUACAAAGGAAAGGGACGACCUCUUGCACAAGUGGCAGACGCUCUCGCAUGCGACGACGCCCAUCGGCUUCCAAGCCAAGGCUGGUGGAACUGGGCUGACCAUGAACGAAGCGUCGCAGGGUAUCUUCGUGGAGCCCUGGUGGAACUCGCUCGAUGCGCUGCAAGCUGAGCGAAGAGCCGUCAGAAUCGGUCAAGAAAACUUGUGCACUGCACUGUGGAAGCUGAGGGUCAUCGACAAGAUCAUGGCCGCGUUACGGACCGCAAAGGGAGCCGAGGUGGAGAUCCCGCCGCACGUUCCGCAGUUUGGCAUGGUACCGUAUAUUCACUAA